CACGUGAUCUAUUAAAAAAAAAAAAAAAAAAAAAAAAAAAAGUGAUGACCUUUCUGGUUAGCUAGCGGUAGCUAACUAGGGGAAGUAUUAUUUCCUAAUUGUAGGCAAGAUUUCACACGAUGGACCAUACUAAACAAGAGGGAGAAUAUGGAUAUGAAUUGUUCCCGCAUAGAAACAUGGGAAAAAAUAAGCAGGGAUCAAUCGCAGAGGGCCAGUUUACUUUCAACCACAAGUGUCAAAUCAUGUUACAAUUUGCAAUGGAAACUAGUCCUUAUGCCAAACUCCUCCUAAGUGCCAUGAAGAAUUCGGGAUGUAAAUUGUUUAAAGACCGACAUUUCUCUUGCGAAGAUUGUGAUGGGACAGUCAGCGGGGGCUUUGAUGCAUCCUCUUCUCAAAUAGUUUUGUGUCAAAACAACAUCCGCCAGCAGUCUCACAUGAACCGAGUAGUUACACAUGAGCUCGUCCAUGCUUUUGAUCAUUGCCGGGCCGAUGUGGACUGGUUCAACAACUUACGACAUCUAGCUUGUUCAGAGAUUCGGGCUGCUAACCUUAGUGGAGAUUGCUCUUUUAGUACUGAAGCUGCCAGAUUCAACUUUGGUUUAAAGCAGCAUCAUCAGGACUGCGUCCGAGGCCGUGCCAUACGCUCCAUCUUGGCUGUGAGGAAAAUUGGCCAAGAGGAAGCGGAGAAAAUAGUCAAUGAGGUCUUCAACACAUGUUUCAAUGACCAUGCGCCCUUUGGACGAAUCCCACACAGCAAGAAGGAUGCGAACUUUGCCUACAGAGAUUAUGAGAACAGAGAUCGAUAUUACUCAAACCUUUAAUGUCAUCACAUUCUCAUUUACCUCCAAGGCUUGCUGUGAAUGGUGGUGAUGCUGAUGAGAGCUUGGCAAUGUAAGGGCCUUGAGCAGCAUAAAAAUGUCAACAGAAUGACUACUUUGUUGAAAGUGAUGAUCAAAUCCCGUCAUAAGGGAUUUGUACAGAAUCAUUUGUACUUGGACCAGAAAUGCAAAGAAAGGAGAUAAAGCACAUUUCAUUUUCUGAACUCUAAUUCUGUAAAAUCCUAUGACAUUUGAGAUUUUUAUCAUUUGUUUUUGGGUGGUCAGUGGGUGCUUUUAAGGAAGUACAAGAAUUAAUUGUGUCCAUUGAUGUUUUCUGUGAAAGUCCUAUGAUGACAAGUUAGGAUGUAUUUCUAUGACCUCCACUAAUUUCCUGUAAAUUGAGCUGAUUGUGCUUAAAUGAAAUAACUGGUAUUUUUAAGGUUAAUUCCUCUGACAAAGUAUGCUCAGCUGGUGUUUUGGUUCUUAAAACUAGUAUCUCAAAGUUAUUAGGAGCUUGUUGCAUUUGACUUUGGUACAAAAUAUUUGAAUUUCUGAUUUGCUUAAGGAUAUAUAAGAACAUUGCUGGUUAUAACACAUUCAUGUCUAAUCCCAACAGAGGACCCAUCCAUCCAUCCAUCCAUCCAUCCAUUAUCUAUACCGCUUAGUCCUAAAUGGGGUCGCGUGGGGGGUAAAGGCUAAAAACCA